AUGGCUAAGGCUAAUCAUUUGAGAUUCUUUUACGUAAGUCUUCUUCUUCCAUGCAUUUGUUUUGCAUUACUUACGAAGACACACGGAGAAAAUGUGGAUCAUAUUGACAAUGGAGACGAUGAUUAUUGCUCGUACCGGAGCUGGCGGAGCUGCGGAAGUUUCUUUGGCCGAGCUGCUAAAGGGUUUGUUGCCGGAGGCGGUGGCGGCGGCGGUGGAGGAGGAGGUGGCGGAGGUGAAGAUGGUAGAGGAUUCGGUCGUGGAGAAGGAUACGGAGCUGGAGUUGGUAUGAGUGGUGAUGGUGGAUUCGGCGGCGGCGGAGGCGGUGGCGGCGGAGAAGGUGGUGGUUCAGAUGGAGGGUUUGGUUACGGGAAAGGGUACGGUGCUGGUGCUGGGUUCGGUGGUGGAGCUGGUGGUGCCGGCGGAGGUGGUGGUGGUGGAGAAGGGGGUGGGGGAGGUGGUGACAAUGGAGGGUCCGGUCACGGGAAAGGGUACGGAGCCGGAGCUGGCGUCGGAGGUGGAGGUGGAGGUGGAGGUGGAGGUGAAGGUGAAGGUGGUGGUAGUGGUAACGAUAUUCAAGGGUCUGGUCAUGAAAACAGGACUGGUGUUGGUGCUGGAGUUGGAGGGUCAGCCGGAGGAGGCGGAGGUGGUGGCGGUGGAGAAGGAGGAGGAGGCGACGGUGCCAAUGGAGGGUUCGGUCAUGGAAGUGGGUCUGGCGCUGGUGCCGGGGUCGGUGGAGGAGCAGGAGGAGGUGGAGGCGGAGGUGGAAGUGGUGAAGGUGGCGGCGAAAAUGGAGGAUCCGGCCAUGGGAGUGGGUCCGGCGCUGGUGCCGGAGUCGGUAGCUCGACCGGCGGAGGAGGAGGGGGCGGAGGUGGUGGAGAAGGUGGUGGAAGUGGCGACGCAAAUGGAGGGUCCGGCCAUGGAAGUGGGUCCGGCGCUGGUGCUGGAGUUGGUAGCUCAACCGGUGGUGGUGGAGGAGGUGGAGGUGGUGGAGAAGGUGGUGGAAGUGGCGGCGCAAAUGGAGGAUCCGGCCAUGGAAGCGGGUCCGGCGCUGGUGCCGGGGUCGGUGGUUCGGCCGGUGGAGGGGGAGGAGGCGGAGGUGGAGGAGAAGGUGGUGGAAGUGGCCGUACAAAUGGAGGGUCCGGUAGCGGCGGAGGAGCCACGGGGAACGGUGGCGGAGGAGGAGUAGGGAUGGGCUUUGGAAUGGGCAUUGGUUUCGGAAUCGGCAUUGGAGGAGGUGGAGGCACUUAUGUCACCAAUAAGGUGGGAGAUAAAGAUUCUCCCUAG